AUGGUCGACACUCAAAAAUUUAUAUACUCAAAAGAUGAAGUCUCAAAUUCAAAUCUACUUGAAGAUAUUCAUAGAGGAAUUCGCUUGAAACCUACCCAGCAUCUCAUGAAUGACAAAAGUGGUCCAUUAUUAAAAAAUGAUGGUCCCAAGACAACUGGAAUUCAGAAUUUACCAAGAAAGAACUGUUCAACAUCUUUUACAAGAAGUGGAUUUAAUGACUUUCAUAAUCCUGAAACAGGAAAAAAUAGCGUUUUUAACAAAGGUUCUAGACAGGUCGUAACAUCCAGCAAAAGAGUUCAUGAAAACAUAUCACAUGCCUUAACGAACCCAAACAAACAAAAUCAGAUAAAACCGCCAAUUUUAGCUCCCAAACCCAAAAUGGUUCUUGAUUCAAAUUUUGAAAAUUCAGAGUUUAAAAUGGAUAUUUCAGGGCCAGCUAAUGUUAUAAUCAGAAAAUGUUCAGUUGAUUUGCCAUCUUCAAUACCUGAAAAUUUUAGUAAAAUAAAAUUAAAUACAAGUGCUCAUUUGCCAAAAUCAAAUUCUACAUCUGCUUUCGUUGACAAAAAUUGUCAGUCACGUGAUAAUGAUUCAAAUUCCAUUUUCAAAAGGAAUCGUUCCAUUGUUUCUUCACUACUUGAAAAUAAUUUAAUGUUACCAAAUUUAUUUAACGACAGUAAAGACAUCAAGCAGUCUGUUUGCAUAGAACGAAGAAAUUCAGAAUCAGCCCCAGUUAUACCCAAAAAACAGUUCAACGUUUCAAGCAGUAAUUUAGAGGUUGUGAAAUCAGGUUUUCAGAAUCAGGAAACGAAUGAUUAUCAUAGGAAACAAAUUAAAAGAAUCAUUUCUUCUUCACCAGGUUGCAGCGACAAGACGAUUAACAUGUCAGAUAGAUGCAAUAGCGUUUUUAAUUUGGAAUCUUCGUGUAAUUCAUUAAAAUCGAAAAAAUCACCUGUUAAUUGUUCCCACAAAUCAGGCGAUAACUCACUUUAUAAUAUAUCUCAAGAAACAAACUUUAAAGAUUAUUCUCAUGGUAAAAAUUAA